CAUCGGCAGCCAGCCUCUCCGCCCCAGUCCAGUCUGCUCCACCUCGGCGUCUGUUGGUCCCCUCCCUGAGUCCCCAUCCCUAAGCUGAGCCUCUGGCCUUCUCCGCUGGCCUCUGAUGCCUUCAGGAACCUGGGCAUUCCAUUCCAAAACUUUUAGCUUUUCAGCAAACAGGCCUCCCAAGCUCCUGUUCCUCCCUCUCAGGCCUUUCUAGCUCCUCACCAGCUCAAGGGCCUGACCAGGCCUCCUGCCCCUUCCACCUACCGCCUCCCACAGACAACAGGCCUCCCAAGCUACUCCUCCUGCCUACUCCUGCCCCAGCCCACCCAUGGAGACGCCAGGACUGGUUGUGCACGGGGAGGCUGCAUCCUUCUCCACAGCACUCCGAAGCCUCGUCAACAACCCUCUAUACAGUGAUGUUCGCUUUGUGGUUGGUCAAGAACGGCAGGAGGUGUUUGCCCACCGAUGCUUGUUGGCAUGUAGAUGCAACUUCUUCCAGCGACUUUUGGGCUCAGAGCUGGGCCCUGGGGUGACUAGCCCCGUGGUGCUAAGCGCAGUGCCAGCUGAGGCCUUCCUGGCAGUACUGGAGUUCCUGUACACCAACAGUGCCCAGCUGCACCGCCACUCUGUGUUGGAGGUGCUGACAGCAGCUGUGGAGUAUGGGCUGGAGGAACUGCGAGAGCUAUGCCUAGAGUUUGUGGUGAAGGUGCUGGAUGUGGAGCUGGUUUGUGAGGCCCUGCAGGUUGCCGUAACCUUUGGCCUGGGACCGUUGCAGGAGCGUUGUGUAGCCUUCAUAGAGGCUCACAGCCAGGAGACCCUCCGCACCCGCGGUUUCCUGGAGCUGUCGCCGCCCGCAUUGCUGCCUCUGCUGCGUAGCGACAAGCUCUGCGUGGACGAGGCCGAGCUGGUCCUGGCAGCCCGGAGUUGGGCGCGCGUGGGCGCGGCGGUGCUGGAGCGGCCUGUGGCCGAGGUGGCUGCCCCGGUGGUGCGGGAGCUGAGACUGGCCUUGCUGGCCCCGGCAGAGCUGAGCGCCCUGGAAGAGCAGAACCGCCAGGAGCCUCUCAUCCCGGUGCGGACGCGGGGGACGAGGCUCAGAUCCCCUCCGCGGCGUGGGAGGAAGCACGCGGGUGGGGGCGCGGCCCAGGGUCCGCGGGGUGAGGUGAGCAUUGAGGGACUCCGCGGUGACCAGCCUCUCCCGCAGGUGGAGCAGAUCGUAGAGGCGUGGAAGUGCCACGCUCUGCGGAGAGGAGAUGCGGCUCCGGGCGCCCCGUGCCGCCGCCGGAGGGGCACUCUGCCCCGGGAGCAUCACCGCUUUCUGGACCUGCCCUUUAAGUGACCAAAGGCCGCGCGACUUGCGAGGAAUUUUGAGCCUCGCCCAAACUACAAAUCCCGAUACGCUGUGCGCUCGGAGCGGACUUCCGCUCCCAGAAUGCCCGGCGAGCGGGUCGCUGGAGGGAUGGCUGUGGGCCACGCGCAGGCGCUGUGGGUGAGGCUCCGGGGGAGGGCGGGCCAGAGUGGCGUGGUGUUGUGCUGGGUCUUGUCCUGCAGGCUCGCGCAAAACCCCAAAGCGGCUUCUUUCACGCGGUGCUCUGGCUCUACAGCGGGUCCCUAGGCACUCUCGCCCGCCCGGUUUACUCUCGUAACCCCCACAUAACUUUUCUGCUCGUCCGCUCUUUAAUUCCAGACCUGCCUUUUGGAGAUCUCUCUCUCUCUAAAUGCCUCACAGACACCUCAGACUCAGUCCAGAAUUGACCCCCUCUUCAUCUCUCCCCAGUUCUGUCCCCAUCGUGUUUCUCAUCUCCUUGGGUGCCCAAGCCAGAAAGCGAGAGUUCAUCCUUGCUUUAUUCCUCUUCUUCAUGUCUGCCUCCCGUGGUUUCUAGUUUUUAAGAGACUGAAAGGUAGCAAAAUAUGCCACCACAACGUGUGCCUUUAUGGCAUAGGAUUAUUUUAAACUGGUUAUUUUGAGAAAAAGGAGAAGCUCUUAAAGCAGAGAGCUUUUAAACCUCUUUUGUAAGGGAAAUUUUAUAAAGGAAAUCUCCAUUUGUAAGGGUGUCUCCUUCUCUGUACCAGGAGAAGGAUGACUAAACUCUCAGGAAAAUCUUAAGGUGAAGUCACCCACUGAGAUCUGCUUAAUAAACCUUACCCUUGCUUUCGGUGCUUUUUCCUGAGGGCCUUCCCAUAACUGGCCUCCCCACGCUUUCCUCUCUUUUGUCUUUAGCUGAAGGUGGUAUUUAAGCAGGUAUUUUAGGCCAUCUCAGGGAAUUACUAAUUUUCCCCUGGGUAUCCCCCAUGUAUACAUGAGACAUACAUUUUAAUAAACUUUUUUUUUUCUUGUUAAUCUGUUUUAUUACAGAGGUCCCAGCCAAGAGCUUAGAGGGUAGAGGGAGAAUUAUUUUUCCUCCCCUACAAAAUCCUCCCACUUGGUUCAGUUCUCUCAGCCCGGUUCAGCCAGUCCUAUCUGUGGCAGGAAUUACUGCAGCAGGCUCUUAAUAGUCUUCCUGCCUUUGCUUCAGAGGCACCCCUCCCAACUAUUUGACCAUUCCCACACUGCUGCUACACUUGCCUAAGAUUGUUAGCCUUACUCUUGUUAAAUUCUUCAACAUCCCCACUGCCCUCAGGAAGAAAUAUAGUCGAUUUCACUUUCAGGGUACUCAAGAUUACUAGUGGUUCCAAACAUUAGCAACUCUUCUCCCAACUACUACCUUUGCAUAAAUUUACUGGUCCUGAAGGCAAUGGUCCUCUAGCUUGGAUUUACACUCUUGGCUAUUGAAGACUCCCCAUGUUUCCUCUUUCAUUUGUUAUGCGUUUUGUUUUCCUGAGGAUCUGAAUGUCCCUGGAGAAAGAUCUGUGGGUCCUGGAGUGGUGCCUUAUUCGUUUCUGCUUUCCCAGUCCCUGUCACAUGAUCAGUGCUCUGUAAAUGUUCAGUGACGACUUUAUUUAUUUAUUUUUUCUUUUAAAUGUUAUUGAGUAGUAGCGAAUGCAUGAAUAAUGAGCACUUUAGUUUCCUUUUUUUAGAGGGGGAGUUAAUUAGGUUUAUUAAUUUUGUUUUUCAAUGGAGGCACUGGGGAUUGAACCACUGAGCUAUACCCUCCUCCCUGUUUUCUUUUUCUUUUUCAUUUAAGUAUAGUCAGUUACAAUGUAUGAAUUUCUGGUGUACAGUUUUAUUUAAAUGCUAUCUUAUUUUGUAAAGAGUUUAAAGGAGCUGUAAAACAAGAUACUAUCAAUGUAAAAUUAGGGACAACUAUUUGAAAAAAAUAGUUAUUCUUCUGUCUCA